GACACUUUGUUUGACUGGGAAUAAGAAUGUAUUUUUAUUUAUUUUCAUAUAUCUUGCAAAGAUUCAGACACCACACAGACAUCGUUUCUUUCUUCGUGCAAAUGAGAGUGGUUUAACAUCUAUUCGCAGCCCUAGCCAUGGCAAGUGAGAUCAGGGACCCUAUGCUGCUGGCAGAGCCCAUGUUCAUUCUGGAGAAUGGGGAGAUGUAUAGGAACCCAACUGAAGUAAAGAUGAGCCAGAUAGUUCUUCCCUGCCAUGCAAACCACUGUGGAGAACUCAGUUCUGGGCAGCUGCUCAAGUGGAUGGACUCCACCGCCUGCCUGUCAGCUGAAAGACAUGCUGGCUGCUCCUGUAUCACAGCUUCAGUGGAUGACAUUCACUUUGAAACAACUAUAGGGAUUGGACAGGUUGUAAACAUUACAGCCAAAGUCAACAGAGCCUUCACAUCCAGCAUGGAGGUUGGUAUUUCGGUGAGCUGUGAAGAUCUCUUUAGUGACAGACAGUGGAAGGUCUGCCACGCUUUCGCCACCUUUGUGGCCCGUCGUACAGAAGCAGGAAAGGUACAGCUCAUGCAGGCGAUUCCACGCACGCAGGCAGAGCAGAUGGAGUACAGCCUCGCAGCCGAGCGCAGGAGGAUGAGACUAAUCCACGCAGAGACUAUUAUCGACCUCCUCAGCAGCUGCUCCUCUCAGACAGUGAGUGAGCAUCUAGAUUACCAGGAUGCGGUGCCUGCAGAGAGAACUCGGGUAGAAAGCGUCGAGCUGGUGCUGCCGCCUCAUGCCAAUCACCAGGUCAGCACCUUCGGUGGACAAAUCAUGGCCUGGAUGGAGAAUGUAGCCACCAUCUCUGCCAGCCGUUUGUGUAAUGCUCACCCAAUUCUGCGGAGCAUAGACAUGUUCCACUUUCGUGGCCCCUCCCACAUUGGAGACAGACUGGUGUUGAAGGCAAUCGUAAACAAUGCUUUCAAGAAAAGUAUGGAGGUGGGAGUGUGUGCAGAGGCCUAUCAGGGUGGAGAACCCCUACGACACAUCAACACUGCCUUCAUGAACUUUGAGGUCUUGGACAAUGACAGGAAGCCACGCACUUUGCCAAGGAUACGGCCUGAGCCUGUGGAUGGUAAGAGGCGCUUUCAGGAAGCCAUAGCCAGAAAGAAAAUCCGCCUCGACAGGAAGUACAUAAUAUCCUGCAAGCAAAGUGAGGUUCCUCUCUCAGUUCCCUGGGACCCAAGUAACCAGAUGUACCUCAGUUACAAUAAUGUUUCGGCACUGAAAAUGUUAGCUGCCCGGACCAACUGGGUCUUGACCUCAGAGAAAAACAAGGUGAGCUUAUACACGCUGGAGGAGAACCAGAUUUUAUGCUUUAAGGUGGAGACCCAUGUGGCCAUGGCAGCCGAGCAGGUGUUUCUGUUACUGUCUGAUCUAAGGCGAAGGAAGGCAUGGGACCACCACUAUCAAGAGUGCGAAGUGAUAACCGACCCACAUGAAGACGACACCAUCUACCGUGUUGUCACCCCCUCUGUGACUAAAGGAGGCAAAGACCAGGAAUUCAUCCUCCUGGCCUCUAGGAGGCGCCCUUGUGAUUCUGGAGACCCUUACUUGAUUGCCUUGCGUUCUGUUACCCUGCCUGCGUACCCUCCUACUGAAGACUACAACAGAGGAGAGGUGCUCUGUGCUGGGUUCAGUAUCUGGGAAGAGGAAAGCUCUUUCACAAAGAUUUCUUACUACAACCAGGCCACUCCUGGCGUGCUGCCCUACAUCUCCACUGACAUCGCUGGGCUUUCCUCCAGCUUCUACUGCACCUUUGCCUCAUGUAGUGCUUUCCUGGAGGGGAAUAAAGACAGCCUGGCUUCUCUGCCCACCUCCACCCUGUGACAAAACUCAGGGAGAAGUUGAAGUCGACAUUCUGUGCUAUUCAGUGAUUGAUUUUGUUUCUGAAAAAUAAUGAUUUGGGUCGAGACGUCACUGUAGAAUUGGGAUGACAUAGACUUUCACAUCUGAGUUCAGUAUAAAAGAUCAUGACCCGUUUGGUACAUAUUAAUACUCUUUUUCCACAUGAAUUCAGAAAAAGGUAUUAGUUUACUUUUCAUGAUCCUUUUUCUGUUAAAACACCAGAUUCGUAAAUAUAUUACACAUUAUUUUAUAAUGUAGAUAGAUAUGAUGAAUAGUAUUAUUUAAAAAAUAGAUAUUUUUAAUAUAUAUAUUCACCUUCUUGACUAUAAGCUAGAAUUCAGGGUUAUGUGCAAUCAUGUAAAAAUCUCUACAGAUGGCUUUACCAGAAGACUAAGCUAGUAUAUUGCCCUGUUGUCCUUAUCAAUGAGUUUAGUACUCAAAAUAAUAUGAAUAACCUUCAAAUAGGUGGCAAGGUC